AUGGCCACCAUUCGCCGGAGUGCACAGCAGUCUCGAAGACAGAUUACCGAUGAAACAGAGGAGCUCGAAAACUCUGCAGAAGCCAAUGGUGUGGGUCGCGAUAUGAAUGCAACACACGAAGAGACGGAAGCAUCGCAGAACACCUCCGAUGGCCCGCUGGACCACCUGAUGGCGAAAAUGGUAGACGACCAACGCAAGCGGUACGACGCGUCAAAGAACAACGUAGGUAGAGCUUACAACAACCAUUACCAAAGCGUCGAAGAUUCCAUAAACACCGUCUUUGACACACAUGUAAGAGAGACUACAACAGCCCACCAAGCGCAGCUCAAACGCCUCCAAGAAUUCUUGGACCAAAAGGCUGCCAUUGAAACCGCUAUGAGGAAGCAGUUGGCAAGCUUGCAAAAGAUCUACGAUGCGCACUCUCGUGAUCUGGAGGCGGUCAUUGAUCGCCGACUGAGAGAAAUGAAGUGACCCUGAUACGUCUAGGAACACCAAGGGCAUGCAACCUUCUUGCAAGAACAGCACUCCUUUACAGGAUUUGGUUUUCCAUUCGAAGCGUUGAGGGCAAAGUCACUGCAAAACAACAAUAAAAUGUGCUAGUAAAGGAGACACCAGAUAUGAAGAUAAUAUAAUUCGAUUCCAGGUAUC